AUGGCCUCCUCAAAUCAUCCGAAUUAUUCCACCGAAGUGGAAAGAGUCUUGAACCACCUGGUCAACUUGCACCUGCAGGCCUCCUGUACUUACCUGUCUCUGGCCUACUACUUUGAUCGGGAUGAUGUGGCUCUGGAAGGUGUAGGCCUCUUUUUCCGCCAAGUGGCAGAGGAGAAGCGCAAGGGCGCUGAGCUUCUCCUCCAGUUGCAGAAUGAUCGCAAGGGCCAUGCAUUCUUCCACAAUGUGCCAAAGCCAUCUCAAGAUGAGUGGGGUAAAAGCCAGGAGGCCAUGGAAGCUGCCUUGGCCAUGGAGAAGAGCCUGAACCAGGCACUCUUGGAUCUUCAUUCCCUGGGUUCUGCCUGUAAAGACCAUCAUCUUUGUGAAUUCUUGAAAAACCACUUCCUGGAUGAGGAGUCGAUGCUCAUCAUGAAGAUGGGCAGCCACCUGGCCAACAUCCGCAGGCUCGCUGGGCCACAGCCAGCUCAGGCGAGCGUGUCACAGCUAUACCUAGGCGAUUAUCUCUUUGAGCGACUCAGUCUCAAUGAUGACUAG